CCAAACUCUCACUUUUUCCCUUUCGUUCGCGUGGAAUCGCUCCUGCCCACGGGGCGCUGACGCUACCGAGCUCAUGCUAAUAGGCUAUUCUUCGCCCUCCUCCUCUCUUCCCCCUGCUCACACAUCCUCACUCGCCACAACAGCCCCCCCUCCGCCAUGCACACACAUACACACACUCGCACACACUUCCUGGUUUUAUUUGUACUCCGGCCCGCUGGGGCACCGCUGAGCCGCAGAGGCGGCGGCGGGAGCAACGGCAGUCGCAACAUCUGGGGGAAACUUAAGGUGGUCACGCAGGUUUUCCAGAGGCUGCGGCGCUGAGGAGCCCGCGGCUUCCCGGGGCAGCGGCAGGACACUUGGUGGCUACGUCUCUCCAGCCGCUAGGGAGCGAGCAAAGGAUGGGGUGCAAAUUAGAGUUGAGCUGCUCCAGAACGCGGAUAGUUCCGCGGCGCUUUUGGCCCAUCCAGGAAUCACCCGGAUUGGGGGCGGGGGAAGUCGCCAAUGGGCUCCCGCACUUGGAAGUGAGCCACGCCGAGGGAGGUGGGGCGGUUGGAACUCUUCGCUGCCAGAGAGGGGGACGCCUCGAAACCCUCCCUCCUCUCGUCCCAGCCUCUUCCAGCCCCCUGGGAGAAGCCCUGAGAGGCCCACCCUGCUCUGGCCCGAGGAAAGCGAAGGGGGCUCGCUCUCAGGAGAAGCGGCGUCUCCUUUGCUAGAAAGCACCUCGCGCCCUCAGCCUGGCGGAUGGACUGGCUAGCCAAGUGGAGUCGGCGGCGACUGGGGCGGCCGCGGGGGUGCGGCAAGCUACCACAGUGCGCCGGGGCCCUCUCCUGGAAGGGCUGGGCGCACAACUUUACGCUCGCGGAGAUACCCCACCCCGCCCUCUCCCCAUGUUUUGUCUUUCCCUCUUGGCUCUGAGACUGAGGCUUCGAAAGCCCUUGUGCUUCAGAGGCGGGUUGAUUCAUUUCUCUACAACUCGUUUUAGGGUACGAGUUGGUGGGCACUGAGGACUGUCGAAAGUCUUAGAGUUGGCGAAAGGUGAGGUUAGAGCACCUUUCUGCUGAAGGCGCACCUGUUGCCCGCUGCUCGGCUGUAUUGUCUGCGAAAGGAAGUGGGCGACGUCUCACUCUGACUUUCGGGAUCCCUAAAAGGCUGGGUCACAGUCCACUUGUCCCCCUCUCUUCCCCUUUCCACGCACCACGUCCUCCCUUACACGUGGGCACUGCAAGGGAAGAAGGGAACAUAGAGAAUAGGCCCUACCCAGUCCCUUCCACUUUGGACUGUGUGUGUGUAUGUGCGAGGGAGGGGGAAGGGGAAACAGAGAGAGAAUGCUAACGCCAAAGGAGGAGGCCAUGGACAGGAAAAGGGAGAAAAUGAUAUGCAUCGAGCUAAGGAAAUCCCACCCUAAUUGCCUGAGCCCUUUGAGCUUCUCGGGUCAUGGGACAUCUGUCCGUGCUUCCGCUAAUGGGGGUGACAAUUGUGAGUGGAUGGGGUUAGGACACUGCCAGGUACACCCCAUUCCUCACUAGUCCAGGUGCUGGCUACCUGGCCCAUGCCAGCGUUCCCUUCCGCCGGGGCUUUUGUUGCGCCCUCCCCCACAUGUGAGCGGCCGGGCGGCAGCGGUGGCCCGGGGGUUUAGGAGAAGGCGAGGUGAGAUGUCGCGGUGCUGUGGGCUGCGCGGACCUGAGCGGAGAGGUCACACCUCUUUCGGAAAAAAAAAAAAAAAGAAAGAAAGAAAGAAAGAAAGAAAAAACCCAGGCUGGCGACCAAGGUGAACCCAGAACGGUUCCCACCUUAAAAUCGGCCCUGUUCGUGACGUCAGGUCGGAAAUAUACCAAAGCGAGAGCCGGCCAGGAGUCCGGGGAGCGCGGCGGCGCGGCGAUUGGGCGGCGGGCCGCUGACGCGCGCUGACGCGCGGAGACUUUAGGUGCAUGUUGGCAGCGGCAGCGCGAGCCACAUAAACAAAGGCACAUUGGCGGCCAGGGCCAGUCCGCCCGGCGGCUCGCGCUAGGCUCCGCGGUCCUGCUCUCCUGCCCAGCCGGCCGCCUUCUCCUGCUCCCUCCCCGCUCCUGGCGACUUGGUUACCUUCGCCCCUUUCGCCCACCCCUUCCAGACCCUGCAACCGGACUCCCAGAGGGAACUACACUUCGGCUGAGUUGAAUGAAUGAAGAGAGACGCGGAGAACUCCUAAGUGAGUAGGUACAGCCCGUGCAGCUUGAGUUCCUUAUCCUUCUUUCUUCUUUUGCACGUUUCUUCUUUCCACAUGUGUGGUACAGGUUUUAUCGAAGUGGGCGCCAGAGGGUCGGAGCGCGAGUGGGGCCGGAGGAUGGGGAAUAGGUGCGCGCGGCUGCGGCGGUCAUUUGUCCGAACUCCAGCUUUUGCACUAGGGGGGAGUUGGCUCCCCGCAGGCUUCCAGGCUCCUCAUUGGUGGACGUGGAUGGGAGACUUGCAUAGUUUGGGGAGCUGUGGACUUGCCCGGGGGAUAUGUGCCCAAAGUUUGCUCUUAGAGUGGAAUCGAUUGUGACCAUUGGACAACUAGACUCCCAAGUCCUGUGUAUACGAGGGGCCUGGACGCUACCCACAAAGUGACAGGGAGAAAGUUCUUCAGUUUAUGUGUUGCUUGGGAACUGUGUCACCGCGGCUGGCCGGUGUGCCAGUGUUUCCCGGGUAUUAUUGAAUAAGGGGUGGUGUUGGUGUUGGUAGAGUGUCCUAUUACUAAGUUGCCUGAAAUUUCUGGUUUUGACACAUGCUGUGUUUGUGUAUGUGAAUACGUCAGAGAGGGAGAGAGAGAGACAGAGAAGAGAGUAAGGAGUAGGGUUAUGGAGCUGUAAAGUUACCAGGAGGUUGAUAUCCAAUACAGGCAUAUAGCUCUCAAAGGCUGUCGGUGUCAUGGGUCUCCUUUCUUUAGUUUUUUCGGAUUAACCUUCCUCCCCAGGAAGCAAGAUAAUGGGGGAGGGGGAGGAAAACAGAAGGAGUGGAUGUUUGGCUUUCUUUUUCAUUAGUAAUAAGAAUGUCUAUGCUCUAGAAUGCCUUCCAAGUGGCAACAUCUGAAAAUUACUAGGACCCAAGAAUGCCUCAUUCCUCCGGCAAGUAGGCAGAUUGUGGAAGGUUGUAUAGGCAAGGUGUUUGGCUUCUAUGUUGGGAAGCGCUUCUAACCUUGGUGCCAAUACCAGAUAAGCAGUGUUUCCCUCUCUCUGCAAUUUACCUAAGAUGCUCCUGGAAAAAGUAGGGUCUCCACUUCCUACCCCUUGGCCAUUAAUGAUGUUGAAAGACAAGUUUCCUGGAGAAGUGAAUGACUUUCACCUGUAUCCUCAAUCCCAGCAUUCUGUCAAAAACACUUAGGAAGUCCAGAUGUUUCCAUUCAGAUUGCCUUCAGGGCUGCCCAGGCCUUGCUAGCAUUCUGUAACGCAUAGGUGUGGAGGGAGAGAUUAUUUUCUAUUUUAUUUUUGACUUCUACUUUCUUUACCCCUCCUGAAAGAAAAGCUAGUUUCACCACAGAAAAAUUCAGGAGAAGGUUCCAAUGCUGUAUUUUAUUAAACUCUAGUUUCUUCUUAUUUAGGUCUGAAUGAAACUAAAAUGGAAAGGACACUACCCUCCCAACCCCCCUGUACUCCCACCCCCACCCCCACAUCUUAGGGUCCAAUUCAUUACAUCAUAAGUAUUAAAUAAGGACAUGAAGUACCUUUGCUCCAUCAGAACCCUCUCUUUGCACAGAUUUACACAGUGCAAUGGGUGGCAUUUUGUGUUGUCUACAGUCAUCUCCUUUACACAUUCAUUUUAACUGUUAAGUUUGGUAAAGGCUACGCACUAAUUUCCAAUGAAACAAUCAAGGAGGGCAUAGAAGGGCUUGCCUGGUGACCCUACAGACACCCAGCUGAAUCUGUCGGGAAAGUCACUCUGAAGCUUCCUGUGUCUGUAUUUCAGGGAGGAGAUCCAACAGGCUGGACUCCCCAUUGCUUUUCUAAAAAUCUUGGAAACUUUGUCCUUCAUUGAAUUACGACACUGUCCACCUUUAAUUUCCUCGAAAACGCCUGUAAUUCGGCUGAAGCUUCAGUACCUUUAUGGACAACUACAGCACAGGCUACGACGUCAAGCCACCUUGCUUGUACCAAAUGCCCCUGUCCGGACAGCAGUCCUCCAUUAAGGUAGAAGACAUUCAGAUGCACAACUACCAGCAACACAGCCACCUGCCCCCCCAGUCCGAGGAGAUGAUGCCGCACUCCGGGUCGGUUUACUACAAGCCCUCCUCGCCCCCGACGCCCACCACCCCGGGCUUCCAAGUGCAGCACAGCCCCAUGUGGGACGACCCAGGCUCUCUCCACAACUUCCAUCAGAACUACGUGGCCACCACGCACAUGAUCGAGCAGAGGAAAACGCCCGUCUCCCGCCUCUCCCUCUUCUCAUUUAAGCAAUCGCCUCCCGGCACCCCCGUGUCUAGCUGCCAGAUGCGCUUCGACGGGCCCCUGCACGUUCCUAUGAACCCGGAGCAGGCGGGCAGCCACCACGUGGUGGACGGGCAGACCUUCGCUGUGCCCAACCCCAUCCGAAAGCCCGCGUCCAUGGGCUUCCCAGGCCUGCAGAUCGGCCACGCGUCGCAGCUGCUGGACACGCAGGUGCCCUCGCCGCCGUCGCGGGGCUCCCCCUCCAACGAGGGGCUGUGCGCCGUGUGCGGCGACAACGCGGCCUGCCAACACUAUGGCGUGCGCACCUGUGAGGGCUGCAAAGGUUUCUUUAAGCGCACGGUACAAAAAAACGCAAAAUACGUGUGUUUAGCAAAUAAAAACUGCCCAGUGGACAAGCGGCGCCGGAAUCGCUGUCAGUACUGCCGAUUUCAGAAGUGCCUGGCGGUUGGGAUGGUCAAAGAAGUGGUUCGCACGGACAGUUUAAAAGGCCGGAGAGGUCGUUUGCCCUCGAAACCGAAGAGCCCACAGGAGCCCUCUCCCCCCUCGCCCCCGGUGAGUCUGAUCAGUGCCCUCGUCAGGGCCCAUGUCGACUCCAACCCGGCUAUGACCAGCCUGGACUAUUCCAGGUUCCAGGCGAACCCUGACUAUCAGAUGAGUGGAGAUGACACCCAGCAUAUCCAGCAGUUCUAUGAUCUCCUGACUGGCUCCAUGGAGAUCAUCAGGGGCUGGGCAGAGAAGAUCCCAGGCUUCGCUGACCUGCCCAAAGCCGACCAAGACCUGCUUUUUGAAUCAGCUUUCUUAGAACUGUUUGUGCUUCGAUUAGCGUACAGGUCCAACCCAGUGGAGGGUAAACUCAUCUUUUGCAAUGGGGUGGUCUUGCACAGGUUGCAAUGCGUUCGUGGCUUUGGGGAAUGGAUUGAUUCCAUUGUUGAAUUCUCCUCCAACUUGCAGAAUAUGAACAUCGACAUUUCUGCCUUCUCCUGCAUUGCUGCCCUGGCUAUGGUCACAGAGAGACACGGGCUCAAGGAACCCAAGAGAGUGGAAGAACUGCAAAACAAGAUUGUAAAUUGUCUCAAAGACCAUGUGACUUUCAAUAAUGGGGGGUUGAACCGCCCCAACUAUUUGUCCAAACUGUUGGGGAAGCUCCCAGAACUCCGUACUCUUUGCACACAGGGGCUACAGCGCAUUUUCUACCUGAAACUAGAAGACUUGGUACCACCGCCAGCAAUAAUUGACAAACUUUUCCUGGACACUUUACCUUUCUAAGACCUCCUCCCAAGCACUUCAAAGGAACUGGAAAGAAACCUGAAACUAUCCAGAGGGGGCAAGUCACAAGGCAGAGAUAUCCCCAUGAGCUGCCUCAGCUCUAGUUGGCCCCUACCCCCUCCAUGAAACCCCAGUCCCUUGAUCCCUAAAGAAAAAAACAAAAACAAAGCAAAACAACAAAAACUGUUGCUAUUUCCUAACCUGCAGGCAGAACCUGAAAGGGCAUUUUGGCUCCGGGGCAUCCUGGAUUUAGAACACGGACUACACACAAUACAGUGGUAUAAACUUUUUAUUAUCAGUUUAAAAAUCAGUUUAUUAUUCAGAAGAAAGAUUCCUAAUGUAUGACGGGAAAUGUUUGGCCAUGUUUGGUUGUCGCAGUUAAGACAAAUGUAAUAUACACACACACACUCACACUCACACAUUGUAAGGGGACCCACAAGUAUUGCCCUUUAAAAGACUUCAAAGUUUUCUGCUGUAAAGAAAGCUGUAAUAUAUAGUAAAACUAAAUGUUGCGUGGGUGGCAUGAGUUGAAGAAGGGAAAGGCUUGUAAAUUUACCCAAUGCAGUUUGGCUUUUUAAAUUAUUUUGUGCCUAUUUAUGAAUACAUAUUACAAAUUCUAAAAGAUAAGUGUGUUUGCAAAAAAAAAAAAAGAAAAAAAGAACUACACAAAAAAGGGACAAGCAUGUUGAUUCUAGGUUGAAAAUGUUAUAGGCACUUGCUAUUUCAGUAAUGUCUAUAUUAUAUAAAUAGUAUUUCAGACACUAUGUAGUCUGUUAGAUUUUAUAAAGAUUGGUAGUUAUCUGAGCUUAAACAUUUUCUCAAUUGUAAAAUAGGUGGGCACAAGUAUUACACAUCAGAAAAUCCUGGCAAAAGGGACACAUAGUGUUUGUAACACCGUCCAACAUUCCUUGUUUGUAAGUGUUGUAUGUACCGUUGAUGUUGAUAAAAGAAAGUUUAUAUCUUGA